AUGCUAAGAACCAUUAGAUUGGCUAGGCCCACCUUAACACAGCAGGAACGACGUUUGUUCUCCACAGAUGUUGCGUCUGUGUUUGAAAGCGGUGCUGAGCUGAUUGCAGCUGCUCAUGCUGCCUCGGGACUUCCCUGGUGGGCUUUUAUUCCUCUUCUAACAGUUUCAGUCAGAACUGGAAUCACACUUCCCUUGGCAAUUUACCAGAGAAGGGGGCUACAAAAACAGAAUGAACUGCGCCCCAUCAUAAGUGCAAUGUUUCCUAUUUUCAAGCUCAGAUUGGCCGCCAGAGCGCAGGCAGCACAGCAAAACGCAAGGCUCUCCAAAAAUGAUGUUCCCAUCAAGACAGAGACUGAGCAGCUCUCGGCGAAUAAAAUUAUCGUGCUGGCUUCAAAGGAAAGAAUGAAACGUCAGAGACAGAUUUUCAGGGAGAACGGUUGUCAGUCGUGGAAGUUUCUGGCACUUCCUGCAUUACAGAUACCAUUAUGGAUAACAUUAUCUCAAACCUUCAGGGUUCUUACAGGAUGGACCAGCGUGCGUGCUGUUGUGUUGGAUCCCACUCUAUCAACUGAAGGAUUUGGGUAUCUCACAAAUCUCACUUUUACCGAUCCAUAUUUCAUAUUGCCUGUGGUUCUGGGAGUCACAGCUUUGACUAAUGCGGAAUGGAAUUUCCGUACGGCAGACCUAAUGAAGCUGACCACAAGAGGAGUGAAAAAUUCAUUAAGACCUACCGCUUUUGAUAGUGUCAUAAAUCUUUCUAGAAUGAGCAUCUGCUUCCUUGUUGUUUUAUCGGCCCAGGCACCAGCUGCUCUGUCGCUCUAUUGGAUCAGUUCCAAUGUUUACUCGUUGGCUCAGAACAUUCUAUUGAACAAGUUAAUGCCCUUAAGAUACACCCCAUAUGCCAGAUCAGCGCAUUCGACAAAGAAGCUUACAGGCGAAAGCCUUGUGGAGUUCUAA